GCCUGCACCUUUGGUUUCCGACAGACUUCCCCCAUCACCCAUCGAGGGCCGCAUUGCCUAGAUGUGACACGACCAUACUUCGUCAAAGUCCCUCUCCUUCGCUUCGGCUCCCUACCUCCUUUCCCCGGGCGAUCUUUACAAACCAAGUCCGCUCGCAGUCCACGGGGCAAUGCUCGCCCCUUCGACCCAGCGAGGGCAAUGCCUGUUCUGUUCCUUUCGAGCCUUGGUCGCGCGGACACCCAAGCAUAUUUACAAUGUGCAAAGAAGUUUCAUUACCAGCACCCCACGGGCUCGUGAGGUCAAGAGGACCAAACCCUCACCAAGUGCAUCCGGAGCAGCGGUACGACUACGGCGGCAUGGACGAAAGACGACGAGCUCACAGGACUUUUCAUUCCCCGAUGAGACAGUAUUGAAACGAGUACAAUUAGCCUUGAAAGACCUAAAGGAGGAUCUAUCCUCGCGCGAAGCCAUCUCCGAUUCCGAGCCUUCGCCGUUGGAAGCACUCGAUCCUGGAGGCACACGCUGGACAAACUAUACUACGAGGUUGAAGGACAUCUUAGAGUUCCGAGGCGAAAAGGCGACAGCACAGGAGGAGAGAUUGUUAUACGAGAUCGGAUCUGCUCAGAGUAACAAGUCGUCGACGCAAGACCUCCAGAGAGUCCUGCAUUAUGGUUUCAUCGACUUCGUUCUGCACAAGAACAUGGAGGACGGGAUCCUAAGUAAAUCAGCCAUAACGGACCUGCGGUACCCGACCGAGUGGUAUACAGCGGCGAGACAAAUUCAGAGAAAUGUGCAUCUCCAUAUUGGGCCUACGAAUUCGGGCAAGACGUACAAUGCUUUGAAAAGACUUGAGGAGAAAGGCGAUGGGUUUUACGCAGGCCCGUUGAGGUUGUUGGCGCACGAAGUCUACUCACGGUUCAAGGCAAAGGGUGCAAAGUGCGAUCUGGUCACUGGUGACGAUAUUCGACGUGAUGACGAUCCAAAUGUCAGUCUGUACGCUUCGACAGUGGAGAUGGUGGAUGUUUCGACGCCGGUUGAAGUCGCGGUCAUUGAUGAGAUUCAAAUGAUAGCUUCGGAGGACCGAGGCUGGGCAUGGACGAGGGCGUUUCUCGGUGCGAAUGCGAAGGAAGUCCAUCUCUGUGGAGAAGCAAGAGUACUCCCGCUCGUUCGCGAGCUCUGUGCUGCCACGGGCGAUACUCUCCAAGUGCACGAGUACAAGAGGCUCAAUCCGCUGAAGGUCAUGACCAAGAGUCUGGGAGGAGAUCUGAAGAAUCUGAGGAAGGGCGAUUGCAUCGUCACGUUCUCCGUGAUGAACAUCCACGCUUUGAAGAAACAGAUUGAGCUAGAUACUGGGCGACACUGCGCGAUUGUGUACGGCAGCUUGCCGCCUGAGACGAGGGCGGCGCAGGCGGCGUUGUUCAACGAUCCGGACAACGACUACGACUUUCUUGUGGCGAGCGAUGCUAUUGGUAUGGGCUUGAACUUGAGUGUGAAAAGAAUCAUCUUCCACCGGGUGCAUAAAUUCAACGGAGUCGGCCACGAGCAACUCUCCGUGCCUCAGAUCAAGCAAAUCGGUGGUCGAGCUGGACGAUACCGAAGCGCACACCACCAAAUGAACGAUGGAAAGUCGAAAACUUCGUCAGAAGUCAGCGUCGGCUUGGUCACCACCCUGAAUGAGGAGGAUCUGCCCAUCGUUCGCCAGGCCAUGAACGCAGAAGCUCCGCCGCUCAAAGUGGCUGGUCUCCUGCCCCCAGGCGACUUCAUGGAAGACCUUGCCGCGCGAUUACCCAAGGGCAUACCUUUCGAGUACAUCCUCCGACGGGUCGCCGAUUCGGCGGCGAUGCAUCGACGCUUCAAAAUGUGCAGCAUCCGCGACCAGAGCGACAUUGCGCGUAGCAUCGAGUCCGUUCGUGGCCUGAGCGUCACGGACCGGAUCAUCUUCGUCGCCGCGCCUUGUUCAAGGGGCUCGCAGCGCGUGAACGCCGUCGCGCAGGCCCUCGCGCGGUGCAUCGCCCAGAAACGCGAGAUCAGCAUCAUCGACGUGCCCGAGAUCAACCUGGAGGUCCUGGAAGUGCCGAUAUCCGGCGACCGGUCGUACCUCGAGAGUCUGGAGGAUCUGCAUAAGAGCCUCGUCCUGUUUUUGUGGCUGAGUUACAGGUUCAUUUCAAACCUGAAGGAUCGCGACGUGGCGUUCUAUGCGAAGGGUCUCGUCGAGGAUAAGAUCAAUACGUGUCUCGUGGAGUUCUCGGCGAAUCCGGAACUCAGGAAACGCGUGCUGGCGUAUAAAAAGCGCAUGAGUAUCCCGAGCCUGCCGACGGACGGGACGGCGUUGCCGGCGAGCAGUUCACAGUUGGAUAUGCCGGCCGAGGAUGAAACUGCGCUGCCGGUGGAUUGGAUGCGAGGGGAGUCUGGGGCCGAGUCUGGAGAAGAACAAGAGAGUCGGAGCGUUGCUGCCGCGGCGGCCUGAUGCAGUAUUUAAUUUCUUGACUGUGACUGGUGGUUUGAUAUGUACAGUAUGGCGCUGGGUGCUACAGGGGCACAUGGGCAAUUAAGCUAUUUCACCUCAUUGGACCCGAGACGAUUGUAUGGCGUCAAAGACAUGUACAUUAUGACCAAUGGGAGGAUUUACAUUGUCGACUUGAAAAGAAGGAUGAAGGUUGAAUUGAAUGUAAUGAUUCUUUCUG